AUGGGCUCAUCUACAUCACUUGCGUCACUACCAAACGAGCUGGUUGAGUUUAUUUGCGAUCUGCUCUACAAUCGCGACAUCAAGAGCUUGCGUCUUACUUGUCGAGCCUUGGGAAACAAGUCGAAUCUGAGAUUCGACCGCGUCUUCAUCUCUGCCAAUCUGCGCAAUGUCGACGUCUUGCUUAGAGUCGCCAACCACAACGUCUUCCGUCAUCGCGUCAAAGAGAUCAUAUGGGAUGACUCCGUUUUGCCUGAAAUCCCUAGAAGAAACAGCGAUGAGCCACGUGACUACAGAGCGGAUGAAAAUAAAAAUGAAAAUGAAACCAAUGCCCAUGCCGCAAACGAGGACCAAGAUGACAUCUUGAGGGGUUUUGUCCAUCUUUGUAAGCACGGCAUGUCUCUCACCAGCAGCAGGGCGCAGGACAAGAACAAAUACCAGGGCGAAAACCAAGUGCAGAAGCAGCUUCAGAGCCUAAUGCCUAGUCGAGAUUCACUGGCACAUUAUCAAGAUCUGCUUCGUCAGCAAAGCGAGGUAUUGUCAUCUGGCUCAGAUGAACAAGCUUUUCGGCACGCUGUGCAGCGGUUCCCGCAACUCAGAAAGGUCACCGUCACACCGGCGGCGCACGGUUUUCUUUUCAUACCGCUUUUUCAAACACCCAUGAUCCGAGCCUUGCCAUUCGGGUUUGUGUAUCCAGUUAUUCGGACUUGGCCAUCUGAAGAGGCUCUUGGAUACGGUUGUCCUGAAAAUUGCCCAGAAGGAUGGGGAAAUGACGACGAAAGAAAACAGUGGCGCGGAUUCUGCACAGUGACAAACGUCCUGGCCGAUUACGCAGACAGCCUUCAAAUCUCAGAGCUAGUUGUGGACAAUCACACUCUGCCCACCGGGAUUGACUACACUCUUUUCGACAAGCCAAACACAGAGUAUGAUAGUCUUUGUAAGAUUGUCGCAGGACCUGACUUUAGACGUAUCGUACUCUCGUUAACAACGGGAUGUCGCGCCGACUUUGACGCUGAAAAUUGGAAUAUCUACCGGAACGGCAGGAUUUCCUGCCUCUUGGCCAAAGCAAUUGGUCUGGAGGAAGUUGUCUUGAAAAGUGACUAUGGAUUGAACUCUUGGUCUUGCCCUAUCCAGGACUCCAUAUCGCUUUUUGAUCUCUUUCCCAUCGAGGAUUUGUCACGCAGACACCUGAAGCACUUUGGACUUUCCGGGAUGCAAGUCGCCCAGGAUGAUCUUAUCUCCUUCCUUAGCAAGCUCCCGCCAACUCUGAAAUCAGUCAACCUCAGCUUUCUCUCUCUUGCCGAGGGUCAUGGAAACCAUGCUGACAUGUUGGCCAAUAUCCGGGACAAAUUAAGCUGGAGAAACCGACCUGCCAGUCAAAGAAUCAAGGUCAGCAUCUUAAUGAAGCUCAAUCAGUACCACAAAGGCCGCUAUGUAUGCCUUGACAAAGAGGUUCAAGAAUACAUUUAUGGCGAUGGUCCCCUGCCCUUUAUUGCUCAAGAAGGAAGGACGGCUUCUCUCUUCUCAUAUGGUACCGGCAUUGUCCAUGACGAGUUCGAUCCUAGCUUUGUGGUACCAUAUGAAACGAAUAGAAGGCGUCUUGCGAGACGCAUUAGUCGUGUGAAGUGA